AAGAAAAGAAAGACAUAGUUCAUGCUGUAAAUGCCUUCAUCUUCUCUCCCUUUUCUCCUGCGUAGCCAACAAUCAUAGCGGUCGCCUUUCACUCACGUAUACGAUUCCAUUCACAAUAUCCAUUCCGUCUCAACACCGACGGCCCGCGACAAUACAAGGAUACAGCUGAAGGAAGCGUCAAACAGCUCGUACUCCUGAUUCCCAACCGCCAGCCGCCCACACCCAUCACCACUCUACACUCGUUAGAAGACAGUCACAACCCUCCGAAUUCAGCUCUGCAGGCUCUGCGACCUUUGUGAUCCUUCAACAGCACCAAUUCCGCGCGCAAACACGCAUAAGUCAUGCCAGGCUUCGCAGACUCCUUUUGGUCAGGGGACUAUGCGGGAGGACUUGGUGUUCUCUUUGGCAAGCUUCAACAGGGUGUACAGGAGAACCAGCAAAUGUUGACGAUUGCGCGGAUGCGAGCAGAAGCUGAGGAUUUGUACGGUUUGAAAUUGGGAGAAAUCGGGGCAGCUACAGACAGGAUAGGUGGAGGUUUCUCAAGAGACGAUGGAGCAAGCGUUAAGAAGGUAGGGCAGGACGAGAAGAAACUGCGGGGACAGACAUCAGCUGCUAACAAUUUCUUAGGCAUACGAUGGAGUUCGGACGGAGAUGGAAGAGGCAGCCAAGAACCAUCGGAAAAUUGCCCAAAGCAUUCGAGAUCUAGUCGUCCUCCCCUUCAGCAGAUGGUGCGAUGCCCACGAGUCCCGAGUCCAAAAUUCCCAAGACGAUCUACAAGCACGAAUAAAACUUCACGACAAGCAAGCCGAGACAGUCAAGAAGCUGCGGAGCCAUUACUUCAACAAGUGCAGAUUGGUCGAGGAUAUAGAGGAGGAGAACAAGCUUGCUUUCCAGGAUCCUGAAGUCAGUCCCAAGCCAAAUGUGCCCGAGAUCAAGGUCCAGGACAAUGAGGAAGAAGAGGACGAGCCAAUCGAGAUUGGAGACGAGGUCUACCAGCCGGAACAGGUCAAGAAGAUCCUCUCACACGUCCUAAAUACCGUCAGACUGGGCGAGACGAAAGUUCCUAUCCUUGGUACAUACUUAAAUACAACGAGUGGAGCGGAUAUUGUAGAAUACCUGCAAAAGAACAUGGGCGCAACGAGCGUCAGUCAUGCCGAGCGCAUCGGUCAGGAUUUGAUCACAAAUGGAUUUUUGCGGCUCAUUGGAAACGUGGGAAGCAUUUUCGCGAACAGCUCCAAGAUGUUCUAUCAAUGGAAGCCCAAAGCUUUCCAAUGGUCUGGUGUUCCAGAGAAGAAGGUACCUAUUAGCCGGACAUUCUCAUUGGCCUCCCAAUCCGAAUAUGCAGAGUCUCCAGUCGUAGGAACUGUCACUGAUUACCUGGCGGGAUGGAACCCUCUGAACACUCAACAUCCAAACGAGACACCAGGAGACAGACUUCGAAGAGAGGCAGCUGAGGCGGAUGAGAGAUACAAGGCAGGCGUCAGAAAGCUGGACCUUCUCCGCUGUCAACUGGAAGAGGCUAUUAUCGAGCACCUGCGAUAUUUGGAGAGGUGUGAACUUGAUCGUCUAAAGGCAAUUAAGACCAUCAUUCUGGACUUUUCUGGAACCAUUAGCAAUGUCAUUCCAAGUCUUCAAUCGACCGUCGACAACAUGAUGCUGUAUCAGGAGACUGUUCAGCCAGUCGGCGAUCUUCGAUAUCUUCUGGAGAACUACCGUACUGGUGGCUUCGCUCCGAAGGUUGUGGUCUAUGAAAAUUACUACAACUCCGCAGAUGAACAGACGUUCGGUGUGGAUCUCGAGGCCCGUGCUAGAGCUGAUCGCAAACGUGUUCCAGCUCUCAUCACCACUAUCCUUACAUUCCUCGACAAUAGAUACCCAGAUCUCGAGGGUGAUGAAGCUCGCCGAAGUGUCUGGUUGGUUGAUGUACCACUUCAUCAGACCCACAGGAUACGUGCAGCGCUCAAUACUGGGAAGGCGUUCGGAAUUGAAACAUUGGAGCCUUUCGAUAUACCCAUCACUGCAAGCGUCUUGAAACUGUAUUUACUAGAACUUCCAGACUCCCUGGUCUCUUCUCACGUUUACGAAAUUAUGAAAACCAUCUAUUCUUCUCCAGCAUCUGAGUCUAUCGAUUCUCGCAUCUCUGUCCUUCAAAAUACUCUCAGCCAACUUAGAUUGGCAAAUAUCGCAACCUUGGAUGCCCUCAUGACACACUUCACGAGACUCAUCGAGCUUACUUCCGCCGAUGAGACUUACAUCUCCGCCUUGGCCACAGCCCUAGCUCCUUGCAUCCUCCGUCCCAGAACAGAGACUUCGAUGACGAUGGAAGAGAAAUACUCCUACCGUCUCAUCAGAGAUCUCUUCUCCCACAAAGACGCCAUUUUCUCCGAACUGAAGCGCGCCUCCUCCCUCUCCCACAGCAUCAGCGUCGAUACCCGCCCACGCUCCGUCUCCGGCGUCAGCACCGACGAAAGCAAUCGCAAAGCCAACAUGGAAGCCCGCGCCCGCGCCAUCAUCGAAAAAGCCGGCGGCUCUCGUGGCCGCGACAAGUCUCCUGCCCCAUCACCCCGCGGCCACCGUAGAGAUCGCUCCUCCGGCGGUCCGGAAACUAGAUUCCCUAUCCAGACUUCUCCCACACAUACCAAUGACCACGCUAGAACACCUAGAGCAAUCCCAGCUGCGGGAGUACGGGCCAGUCUUGAAGUCCCAGGCGAAUCUGCACCCGUCGUACCAUCCGAGACGGCGAAUGGCACGGACUCCCCGCUUAAACCUAUCACCAACGGCGCGUCUGAAGCUCCUAUCCCUACCAGCGCGACGUAUAUCCCUGGUGUAGGCGAUGGACUGGACGAAGUUGGUGUGGAGAAGAGGAAUAGUCUCGGCAGAUCUGCGCCUGCUGCGUCGGGGAGUGGCAGGUUUGCGGGCAGGAGACCGGUUGGACUGGCGCGCAUGAGUCAGGAUCAGAGUAAGAGGGAUAGUGUGGGGAGUAUUGGGGGAGGUGAGGAUGGGGCUGGAGCGGGUACGGGGGCGAGGGUCGGUGUUAGCUUGACGGAUAAGCCGAUGGAUGAUUGAAUGGUUUGAAAGUUUCUGCAUUGUGGAAGCUAGGCUGGUAGGGUGGUGGGUCGGAGGCUCAGGCGGGGAGGUGGGUUUGGAGGUAAUGGUGCAUGACACGGAAAUACAUGGUAUGGACUAGGUGAUGAGAGGGUGACGGAGGUGAUGUGUAUGUAUGCUUGUAUGUAUAAUAGAGCUAUGUGUUCUGUAUCCCGGUUCUUCGCAGCGAAUAACCAAACAUGUCUUGCGAAGAUAAAUGAGGCCUGGGGCGGAAGAGGUACAUGGGAGCGGAAAUGGAAAAUACGAUGAUUGUUGCUCAAAC